GACGCUCCAUGACACACAAAGCAUCGACCUCAGCAGCAGCUGCAACAUCUAUUCGAUCGCCUCGUCCCUCUCCAAACCAAUCAAGAAGUUACUCAGCAAUGGCUGUGAGCAGAACCGCGAUGAGCGUGUCUUUCCUCGUCGCCGUCGUGGUGGCAGCCGCAUCAGUGCCGGCGGCGACCGCUCAAGCCCCAUGCGACAGCGUUUGCCGUCUCAAGGCGGCGACGGAGACUUUCGCUGCCGCCCCGCCCACCGAGAAGGCCGCCGCGGUCGAGAUUUUGAGCAACAAGACUGAAGGUGCCGUCUCCUCCGCUGAGUCCGCUCACCAGGCUGCUGGGUUGGCCACCCGCUGCCUAGACGAUUGCAACAAGCUCUGCGGCUCAGGCACGAGAGAUCUCGCGUGCAGCACAAGGUGCGAGACCAUCUGCCGCGUCGAAGUCGAGAGCCUCUCCUUCGCCGCCGACGUGUACGCCAAAAGCUCGGCCACGAAGAAGACGGCCGUGAUUCAGGCCAUCGACAAGCAGGCCGCGCAGCCCAGCGACAAGAUCGAUGCGAUCGCGGCCACCUGCGUCGGCGACUGCGGCAAGUUCUGCAGCGAGGGCAAGAAGGACCCUGCUUGCGCCACCAUUUGCCAAGACGGUUGCCGUGGCAGAGCCGUGAGCGUUGCCUUCGCUUUGGCCACUCCCGACAAGAAAGAGGCCAUCAAGAAAGAUGCUGGGAUUGCGUGAACAGAGCAAAGCGUUCGCACAUGCAUGUGCGCACGUCCACAUGCACUAAUGCAUGCAUGCACCGUUAAAUGCCUUUUUUUUUUUGAGAAAUUGCUUCGUUAAAUGGCUGGUUCUCUUUUUUGGAGUUGAUCUUUUCUAGGCCUUAUUGUACUUUUGUAUUCGGUUUUCUAAUUUAACUCUUA